CGGACGCGCCCGCGAUGCUGCGCCCGCCCGGGCCCGCCCCGGGCUCGUGGCUCUGCUGAUCCAACGCUCGCUGCUCGUGUCCCCCAUGGGCUCACCAGUGUCCUUCGUGCUGUCGAGGAUGUCGGGCUGCGGGGGCCCCGCCAAGAGCCGAGUGACGGUUCCGAAGCGCGUGUGGGAGUUCGUGACGCGGGAGCGCGCGGCGCGCCUGGCGCUGCUGGCGCAGGAGGCGCGGGUGCGGAUCCUGGUGGACGGAGAGACCCCCGAGCUGUACGUGCUGCAGCUCUGCGCCACCCCCCCGGGCCCGCCCGGCUCCGCGGGGCUCUGCCCGGCCCGCAAGGCGCUCAAGGCGCUGCUCAAGGAGACCGAGAAGGAGCUGAAGAAGCGCAGCCAGCGGCACGGGGAGGUGCUGGGGGCGCGGCCGGAGCCCCCCGCGGGCGCUGCCGGAGCUCCCGGCGACGAGGAGCCGGAGCGGCAGUGCCCGAUCUGCCUGGGGGAGAUGCGGGGGCCGCGCACGCUGGAGCGCUGCCGCCACUCGUUCUGCGGGGAGUGCAUCGCCAGGGCGCUGCAGGUGCGCUCCGCCUGCCCCGUGUGCGGCCGCUUCUACGGGCAGCUGGUGGGGAACCAGCCCCCCGACGGGCGCAUGCUGGUCACCCGCGACGCCGCGCUGCCCCUGCCCGGCUACGAGGCGUUCGGCACCAUCAUCAUCCAGUACGUCUUCCCGCCCGGCGUGCAGGGGGUGGAGCACCCCAACCCCGGCGUGCGCUAUCCCGGCACCACGCGCGUGGCGUACCUGCCCGACUGCCCCGAGGGGAACAAGGUGCUGGGGCUGUUCCGCAAGGCCUUCGCCCAGCGCCUCACCUUCACCGUGGGCACCUCGCUGACCACCGGCCGCGCCAACGUCAUCACCUGGAACGACAUCCACCACAAAACCAACUGCACCGGCGGGCCCCAGCUGUUCGGGUACCCCGACCCCACGUACCUGGCGCGGGUGCAGGAGGAGCUGCGGGCCAAGGGCAUCACCGAGGACUGAGCGGGGGCAGGGGGAGCACCGGGACCCCCCCCAGGACCGCCCCCCAGGCUGGGGGAUCUCCCCAUACACGGGGGGCAGGAGGAGCACCCCCCUGGGCAGGGGAUCCCCCCCAAACGGCCCCGCUGGGCAGGGGGAGCCCCCGGCGGGAGGGGGGAGCACAAGGAGGGGGCCAGGACCCCCCCCCAGAGGGGCUGGAGCCUCCCCGCCCCCACAGCACGGACAGACGGACCCUGUACAUAGCCCUGACCCCCAGGACACUCGGGGGGACCCCUGCCCCCCCAGCCCCAGGGGGGGCACCCUCGGGGGGAGUUAUUUAUUUUUUAUUUCCCCCCCAGGUCUGUAACUUUGAUCCAAUAAAAAUAUGCAAUGGA